AUGAAGCCGUCAGCAUUUGUGACGCUCAUCUCCGAACAGCUCCAUUAUCGACUCUCUUCUGCACUGAAGGACUACCUUCACGGCAUUGACGCUGUGUACAAGCGCACAGGUUCGUUUCUUGAACCCGAAUCGGAGCGUUCUACUGCUGCCCCAACCCUAGAUAUUGCGGACUUGGAGUUCAUAAGAUUCUCAGAGAAAGAAUACCAUGCUCGAAAAGAGGCGCUUGCAGAGUCUAGAAGCAAAAGGACCAGAAUUAGAAUUGGUGACAUAUAUUGGAAUGCUCUUAUGUCUAUCCGAGAUAGCAGUACUAGCACAAAGACACUUUCCCAGUCUCCGUCUGUCGAGAUGAAACCAUCCUCCUUGCAAGUACAAUUUGACACGGCCCUAAGCAAGCUUCUAGAGCUAAAGUACGUAACGCUAUCGAAAGAAAAUGAGCUUAUUUUGACAAAGAAGGGGGCUGGUAUACUUGCGAAGCUAUCUCCUCAGCACCACGAGAUAGAAAAGAUCACGGAGAAUGAGCAGUCUAUCUUGAACGAUGCCCAUCGGGCUGACCCUACGAAUCAAACAGCUAUCGAGUGCAGAUCGAGACUCGUGUUAGAUUGCCGUGGAGAGGGAUCGUAUGCGAGGCUACUGCCUCAUGAUAUUGCACAAUACACAAUUGUUGCUAAACUUCCUCGAGGAGACUGUCUUAUAUUGAGUAAUGAUCACCCUACUGUUUUAGUUGAGCGAAAGACCAUUUCUGACCUGUCUGCGUCUCUCUAUGAUGGACGCAUUCAACGGCAGCUUGGUUGUCCUGCGAGGUUUCCCACCUUUCUCCUGGUAGAGGAUCCGCAACUGCUCCUCAUUCAUGAAUGUCAGCUUUUCCAGGCUGUGCUCAAUGAGGUGAGCAAGGGAAACGUGUCGUCUAUCAUUCAAAGUGUUAGUGCAGAGCAUACUGCACGCAUAUAUGAAUAUCUGUUCAGAAGUACCUCUGACCUUUCUCGGUGUCGAUGUGUCUGUCCAUCAGACGAUGCUGAUUCUGGUCCUUUGCCGACCAUGCACUCUAAUGAUUGUAAUGAUUGGCACUGCUUCAUCAGAAAUAUUCUUUGCAAUUACUCACCCAGCGUCGCCGAGGCAGUUGUGAGAACCUAUCCUACUUACAAGUCCCUUGUAAUAGAGUCCCCAUCUACAGUCCAGCAGCGUCUGCUAACCAUGGGGAUACCUCGAACUGCCUCUCAUCACGUUACCGACCUGCUAUUCUAUUAA